ACGCAGCUCUGGGUGAUGGUGAAGAUGGCGGAUGGGGAUAGUGGGAGUGAGCGCGGUGGAAGCAGCGGCGGCGGUGGUGGUGGAGGCGGAGGAGGUGGUGGAAGUAGCGGUUUCCAGCCUUUCCAGAGGGAUCAAGAGACCCAGGAGCUGGCGUCCAAACGCCUUGACAUCCAAAACAAGCGGUUCUAUCUGGACGUGAAGCAGAACUCGAAGGGCAGGUUCAUCAAGAUCGCCGAGGUCGGCGCUGGUGGCUCCAAAAGUCGCUUGACACUUUCUAUGUCAGUCGCGGCGGAGUUUCGGGACUACCUGGGGGAUUUCAUUGAGCACUACGCCCAGCUCGGACCCAGCACCCCGGAGCAGAUCGCCCAGUCAUCUAGCGGCGAGGACGGAGGGCCUAGACGGGCCUUGAAGAGCGAGUUCCUAGUGAGGGAAAACCGCAAAUACUACCUCGAUUUGAAGGAGAACCAGCGGGGGAGGUUCCUCCGUAUCCGUCAGACCGUCAACCGUGGGCCUGGUGGGUUUGGCGUCGGAGGAGGUGUGCCCGGGGGUGGCAUGCAAUCCGGGCAAACCAUUGCCCUUCCUGCUCAGGGUCUCAUCGAGUUCCGCGACGCUCUGGCCAAGCUGAUCGACGACUACGGCGGGGAUGACGAUGAGCUGGUCGGCGGCGGCGGUUGCGCAGGAGGUUACGGGGAGCUUCCCGAGGGCACGUCAAUCACGGUGGACUCCAAGCGGUUCUUCUUUGACGUGGGCUCCAACAAGUACGGGGUGUUUCUGCGGGUGAGCGAGGUGAAGCCCAGUUACAGAAACUCUAUCACGAUACCAUUCAAAGCGUGGAGCAAGUUCGGCGGGGCUUUCUGCCGCUACGCUGAGGAGAUGAAGGAGAUCCAGGAGCGACACCGAGAUAAAGUGUACGAGCGGAGAGGAGGAGAGGAGUCGGAGGGCGACGACAUAGAUGACGACUGACCCGGACGGGUGUUCCGUUGCUGGGGCAACCUCACAGAGCGAGAACCGCGCGCUGGAGUGGAAAGAAUUACCGUGCAUGAAACGAAGAACAUUAAUGCUCUAUGGCGAAUAAAGAUGUUUGACUGAGAAACACUGUCAUGUAUAUGUAAGAGAAUCCUGUUUAAAGCAGUAUAGACGAUGUUUGGCUAGAUAAAUGGAUAUUUCUGCUGGCUGCUCUAUAGGUCUUGUCAUUUUGAAAGUUCUCCCUUUUACAAAAGACACCCCCUCACCCAGAGACUGAGUUAACAAAAGAGUCAACCGAGGCGUUUAGUGUUAGUGUAUCCAGAUAUGAUAAAAAAAAAAAAAUCUCUACUAUAGGUGUUUUCGGUGUUGUACCAUAUGAUGGAGAGCAAACCAGCAUCAUCUGAAUGACGUGGUGUGAAUCUCAUAGUUAGCUCAUUCGGGAAGUGUUCUCUGCAAGUGUGUGUGUGUGUGUGUGUGUGUGUAUAUAUAAAUAUAUAUAUAAGGCUCAGAUCAAACAGUGUAAAAUUUGGAGACCGUUAAAGAGUUCAACUUGUGGGCACACAAUACAGUUCAAGCAACAAUGUACAAACAGUUAAAAUGGUGCUAUAAAACUAAAACCAUGCUCCGCCACCCCGCUCUGACUGUUGAGGUUCAUGCGGGCUGGCGAGUUUUAUUUUGUUUUCCUCCUGUUUCUUUUCAGGGUAGAGCAAAUCACUCUGAUUGUACUAAAUUGGGAAGUGCAUUAGUGCGGAUGCCACUAAAUUUAUCAUUGAUACUGGGUUUGAUUUGGCUCUUUUAAAGGGAAUGAUACUGUAAGCCUGGUAGGCUUUACAUCAGGUCAUGACAAAUUAGAAGUUUUUGAAUUGAAUAUCUGGAGAGCUUUGGUGACAAAACUGGAAAGGAAAUCAAAUGUAGAACAACACCCAUCUGGGUUUAAAUAGAUUUAUUUUUAAAAAAAACAAUAUACAGAUAUAUAUAUAUAUGUAUGUAUAUAUAUAUAUAUAUAUAUAUACACAGAAAUAUAUUUAUACAUAGACGUAUAGAAUCAAUUAUAAAUGCUUCCUGAACAGGCUAUUUAAACAAAUAAAACUCGGAUGCAAUUAUAUAUAGGGGAAUAUUUCUUACUGCUUUUCCAUACAUUUCCUAUAGUCCUUAUAUGGUUGGAAGAGCAUUAAAAAUGACAAAAUUGUAUACAAACUAGACUUGACAAUGUUCUCCGUUUAGUUUUUAUUCCUUUUUUCAACAACCCAAAUGACAAAACAACACUCUUCUUUUAUUUUUUCUCAAACAGUCUCUUUUUCUGCAUAUUAAGUUUUUAGGUGUUACAUUUCUGAGUCUUACUGCAACUUCUCAGCUUCUCUUCUCCUAGAUCUGUCAAAAUGUGUGUGCCUGUUUGCGACUUCUCUCUGUUAUCAUCCUUUUUUUCUUACUACUGUGUGUGGGUGUUAUACAUUUUUAAUUUGAUGAGACAAAAAGGAGUGAUGUCCCUUUCCUGACCGUUUCGAUUUUCAGGCCUUCUUUAACCACAUGAAUUAGCCAUACACACCAUCUGGGAGCCAUAGUAAUUUUUAAGGAACAUUUUUUACUAAUUUCAAUAUCCAUAUAAGUUUUGACCUCAUUCUUGUCUGUACUGUGUUAUGUGAUAAAGGCAGCUGUUCAGUCAAGUGUGUACUGCUGUAAUUCUCCACAAACUUCCUUUGAACAAUAAAAUUAUCUUUGCUGAGAA